AUGUCUGGCUGGAUAUCAUAUUUCACUGGUGCGAGGGAUACCAAGGCGACGACGAGGCAGGCCAUUGUUGGACUGCGCGAGCAGCUCUCUAUGUUGGAUAAGAAGGAAGAACAUCUGGAGAAGAAGAUUGCAGAAGAGACUAAGAAGGCUCGAGAGAACGCCACGACGAACAAGUCUGCUGCCUUGGCUGCACUCCGCCGGAAGAAGACGUAUGAGCAACAACUGGAACAGCUUUCCGGAACACGGUUGACGUUGGAGGCACAAGCCAAUGCGAUAGAGUCUGCGAAUAUGAAUGCAGAGACCAUGUUGGCAAUGAAGCGCGGAGCGAAUGCCCUCAAGGAUAUUCACAAGCAACUCAAUGUCGACAAGGUCGAUGCGACGAUGGACGAGAUUCGCGAGGAGAUGGAACGAACAAAGGAGAUUGCAGAUGCCAUUUCGAAUCCUAUGAACGUUGGUGUAGACUUGGACGAGGACGAUUUGAAGGAAGAAUUGAAGGAUUUGGAACAAGAAGUUCUCGACGAGAAACUCGCCGGCGCUGCCCACGUUCCAGUCCACACCCCAGCAGGACCCAGCCGCGUCGCAGAACGACCAAAGGUUGUUGCAGAGGACGACGAAGAGGCUCAGCUCCGCGAACUCCAGGCGUCUCUUGCUCUGAGUAGCUAG